CAUUUUCAUGCUGUUUUAACAGGUUUUGUCAGGUUUUUAGAAGGCUACUACAUUGUGUUAAUAACUAAAAGAAGAAAAAUGGCAGAUAUUGGUGGUCAUGCAAUAUAUAAAAUAGAAGAUACAAAUAUGAUCUACAUUCCAAAUGACUCUGUAAGAGUCAGUCAUCCCGAUGAAGCCAGGUAUCUGAGAAUCUUUCAAAAUGUGGACCUUUCUAGCAACUUCUACUUUAGUUACAGCUAUGAUCUGUCUCACUCCCUUCAGUAUAAUCUUACUGUCCUGAGAAUGCCACUUGAGACAUUAAAAACUGAAACAACUCAGACUCGUCAAGAGAGUUUUGAUAUAUUUGAAGAUGAAGGACUUUCCACACUGGGGGGAAGUGGUGUAUUUGGGAUUUGCAGUAGGCCCUACGAAAAGUAUGUGUGGAAUGGCAAACUUCUGGAGGCAGUGAGGAGCACAGUGCAUCGUGACUGGCUGCUGUAUAUUAUUCAUGGCUUCUGUGGGCAAUCCAAACUGUUAAUAUAUGGUCGCCCUAUAUAUGUCACUCUCAUUGCCAGAAGAUCAAGCAAAUUUGCUGGAACACGUUUUCUGAAACGAGGAGCAAACUGUGAGGGAGAUGUUGCUAAUGAAGUGGAAACGGAACAAAUACUUUAUGAUGCUUCAGUUAUGUCAUUUUCCACGGGGAGUUACUCUUCCUACGUUCAGGUUCGAGGCUCUGUCCCUCUGUACUGGUCUCAAGAUAUUUCAACUAUGAUGCCUAAGCCACCCAUAACAUUGGACCAAGCAGAUCCUUUUGCACAUGUUGCUGCUCUUCACUUUGACCAAAUGCUUCAGAGAUUUGGCUCUCCCAUUAUUAUUUUGAAUCUUGUGAAGGAACGUGAAAAAAGGAAGCACGAGAGGAUUCUUAGUGAAGAACUUGUUGCUGCUGUGACAUAUCUCAACCAGUUUUUACCCCCAGAGCAUGCAAUUAUAUAUAUACCCUGGGAUAUGGCCAAAUACACAAAAAGCAAACUCUGCAAUGUCCUUGACAGACUGAAUGUGAUUGCAGAAAGUGUGGUAAAGAAGACUGGAUUUUUUGUAAACCGACCCGAUUCUUACUGCAGCAUCUUGCGGCCAGAUGAAAAAUGGAAUGAAUUGGGAGGUUGUGUUGUUUCCACUGGUCGCUUGCAGACUGGAGUGCUCCGAACCAAUUGUGUGGACUGCUUAGAUCGCACUAACACUGCCCAGUUUAUGGUGGGGAAAUGUGCUUUGGCAUACCAACUCUAUUCCUUGGGAUUGAUUGAUAAACCCAAUCUACAAUUUGAUACGGAUGCUGUAAGAUUGUUUGAAGAGUUAUAUGAAGACCACGGAGACACACUCUCUCUGCAAUAUGGAGGCUCUCAGCUUGUCCACAGAGUGAAAACAUACAGAAAGAUAGCUCCGUGGACUCAGCAUUCCAAAGAUAUCAUGCAAACGCUCUCCAGAUAUUACAGUAAUGCCUUCUCAGAUGCAGACAGGCAAGACUCUAUCAAUCUCUUUCUGGGUGUAUUCAAGCCUUCAGAAGGAAAACCACAUCUCUGGGAACUUCCCACUGACUUUUAUUUGCAUCACAAGAACACUCUCAGUCUGUCCCAGACCAGGCGAAGCUAUACCUACUGGUGGACCACAGGUGUGCUAAAGCAUUUACCUCUUCCUUUUGAUGAAGUGACUUGUGCUGAAAACAGACGCAAGUUGACCGUGAAGAAGUUCCACAAAUAUGAAGAGGAGAUUGAUAUCCACAAUGAGUUUUUUAGGCCAUAUGAGUUGAGCAGUUUUGAUGAGACCUUCUGCUUGGCAAUGACCAAUUCCACACGAGAUUUUAUGCCCAAGAAUGUGGGAAUCGAUCCAAGUCCAUUUACAGUUCGUAAACCUGAUGAAACUGGGAAGUCAGUGUUGGGGAAUAAAAAUAAUAGAGAAGAAACUGUGCUGCAGCGCAAAACAGCUGCUAGUGCUCCUCCACCCCCAAGUGAGGAAGCAGUGUCAAGUAGCUCUGAAGAUGAUUCUGGGACAGAUAAGGAAGAUGAGGGAGCUGUUUCUCAACGUUCAACUCCAGUAAAAGUGACUGAUACAGGAGACAAUACAAAGAUCACAGAGAAUGUAGUGCAGUCAACAAAAGAUGUGUAUGGAGUCAAUCUCUCAGAUAUUCCCUCAGAAGAUGAUCUCGCCAUAUAUGCUAGGUUCGUUCAGCUGGGACAGAGUCAGCAUAAACAAGACAAGAGCAGCCAACAAUUUUGUUCAAAGCACCACUUGGAUAAGGUUAUAAAUUUAAUCCCAAUCUCCUCCUUCUCCCAAGACAAUAUUUACGAAGUCCAGCCACCAAGUGCUGAUAGGAAAUCAAUAGAGAUUUUUCAUGCUCACAUUCGGGCUGGAAGAGGAAACAUGCAGCCCCUGGGAAAAGAUGACUUUGUCAUGUACAGAGAAUACAUUCGAAACAGAUAUAUGUAA